CUUUAUCUAUCCCACGCUCUGUCUAACUCCCCUUCAUCUCACCUCUAAACAGUCGGAGAUCUCUUUCUCUCUCCCUCUCUCUCUCUCUCUCUCUGUGUCUUUUUCUUUUUACUUCUCUUUUCUCUGUCCUCUUCUUUCUCUCUCUCUCUCUCUGUCUCUUUCUCUCUGUCACUUCUGCGUCGGCUCCAGGCAUCCGUUGGUCGUCUCGUUUCAGCUGCUCUGCCGAAGCUUCUGCGAUCCAUUCAGAACCCCCCUACACACACACUUCAGACGGGCUGCAGAGAUGGCAAUGGACAGCAUUCUUAGCGCUGACGACAUCAAGAAGGCCCUUGAUGCUUUCAAAGCUGCAGACAGCUUUGACUAUAAGAAGUUCUUUGAGAUGGUGGGGCUGCGGGCCAAGUCUGAUGAGGAGAUCAAGAAGGCCUUCCUGGUCAUGGACCAGGACAACAGUGGCUAUAUAGAGGAGGAGGAGCUCAGGUUUGUCCUUAAAAGCUUCUCUGCUGACGGCCGAGACCUUACUGAUAAGGAGACUAAGGCCUUCCUUGAAGCAGCUGACAAGGAUGGAGACGGCAAGAUCGGUGUGGACGAGUUCACUGCCCUGGUGCAUGAGUAACCGUCUUCAGUGACCCCCCCCCCCCCCCCCCCCCCCCCGCUCUAGUGACUCGACCCCCCCCCCCCUCCCCACACACACAAGCCUCGCUGCUCACUCCCUGACUGCAGCCACUUACCCCUAAACCUUCACAACACACACACACACACACACACACACACACACACACACAUAUAUAUAUACACACACACACAUACACACAAACGCACACACAGACACACACACACACACACACAUAUAUACACACCCUACACACACACUUCCCCUUUACCUUUCUGCCCAACAUUCAAGCUAUACCUAGGCACACUGCACUGCACAAGGAGAAAGGGGGUAUUUUAGUAUCUUACCCUGCACACACACACACACACACACACACACACACACACACACACACACACACCCCUUAUAUACAUACCCUCACCGUCACCCCCCCCCCCCCCCCCUGCUAUUUAUUUUCCUUUUUAUACAAACAUGUGUUUCUGUUGUCUGUAUAGAUUGUGAACAUGCCUGACACACACACACACACACACACACACACACACACACACACAGGCAAAUGCAAAUAAAACAGUACUUGGACAACGUGUAGAUACUUCAGCUGAGCAAGGAGGCGGACGAACCGCAUCACUCGUCUAGAGCUUCCUCCUGUCAAUCUUCAGUUCUACACUUUCUAAUUUGUCUUUUCUCUCCGUUUAAUCUCUUGCUACCAUUCACACACACACACACACACACACACACACUCAUACACACACACACACUCAUACACACAAACACGCACACACACACACUCAUACACGCACACACACACACUCAUACA